UGGUCGGUAGUGUACGAACAGAUAUGAAACAAUUGGUAAAACUGAUCAUGUAUGAACAUCAAACGUGUAGUUGCACCUAAGUAAAGCAAAAAAAAUUAUAUAUAUCGACUGAAGGCAUUCUGUUCACUCUUUGCAAGUAGUGGAAAAGAAAUUAAGUGAGCACAUAAUGUCUCACUCUGAGGAAAAACACAAAGAGAAAAGUGCGCUAACAAAUAAUGACAUUAACAAAGAGAAAAAUGCGGAUUUGCCAUCUGAAAACAGUGAACACCACAAAUACCUAAUAUAUGGAGUAAACGAUUCGCCGCCCAUACAUAUAACUAUUGUUUGUGCAUUACAGCAAGGAUUGUUGUCUCUAUCAACACAGUUGAUCGUAUCUCUGCUAGUGGCCGAAGCAGUAUGUGCAUCAGACAAGGACAUUUUCAAAGCGAGGCUACUUAGCUCGACACUGUUUAUGAGUGGUGUUACAACAUUAGCUAUGAAUAUUUUUGGUAUAAGAUUACCACUUUUCCAAGGAGCGAUGUCAGAGUAUGUCGUUCCUUUAUUGUUAGUAGGGAGUGUUGAGGGAUCUUUCUGCUCAACACUGGCCCCCGUAUCAGACGUCGCUAAAGUGAUCAACACGUCAGCCAACUCUACUGGUGAAGAUAUUUCAAUGGACAGAAUUUUAUGGAAUGUUCGGGCACUUCAAGGGAGUCUGAUGUUAGCGGGAGUUAUACAUGCACUGCUCGGCUUUACUGGGCUUAUUGGUGUGUUGCUAAAACUUGUUGGACCUUUGACCAUUGUUCCUACGAUGGUUCUCCUUUUCAUCUUUAUCGUCAAGCCGGUCCUUAAGUUUGUGGAAGUUAACUGGGGAAUCGCUAUGUCAACGGUGUUUGUUGCUGUGAUAUUGUUCCUGUAUCUGGCAAAUUACAACAUGCCAAUACCUAUCUGGACACCUUCGGCUGGAUUCAGGAUAAUACGUUACCCUUUGCAUCAAGUAUUUGCGAUUCUAAUAUCUAUAAUAUUGAAUUGGUUGCUCUGUGGACUUCUAACAAAGUUUGGUGUAUUUCCUGACGAUCCUAAACACCCAGGAUUUAACGCUCGGACAGACGCACGGAUAUCUAUCAUUCGUGACCACCCCUGGUUUACGUUCCCUUAUCCCGGUCAGUAUGGACCAAUCGGAUUCAGUGAAACAGCUUUCCUGUCGUGCAUGAUUGCAACUCUUAUAUCUGUCUUGGAUUCGAUUGGAGAUUAUUACGCAUGCGCAAAAGUGUGCCGCGUACCACCUCCGCCAAGACAUGCAGUUAAUCGGGGUUUGCUCGUAGAAGGCUUAUGUACAUUCCUCUCUGGUACUGUAGGCUGUGGUCAUGCCACUGGAACCUACGGUGGUAAUAUUGGUGCAGUAGGAGUGACUAGGGUUGCCAGUCGUCAGGUGUUUAUUGGUGUUGGGGUGUUGUACGUUUUGUUUGGUAUAUUUGGGAAGUUUUCUGCUAUGUUUAUUACUAUACCAAGUCCAGUUCUUGGCGGGGCUAUUGUUGUAAUGUUUGGCAUCUUCUUCGGUGUUGUUCUGUCUAAUCUUGAGGUAACGAACAUGUCGUCCCCGAGAAAUAUGGCAAUAAUUGGACUUUCAAUAUUUAUUGGGCUUUCUGUGCCAACGUGGGUCCAACAAGUUGUUACACCAAUUCAUUCAGGUAAUGAGAAAGCGGACAGAAUCAUAGCAAUGUUACUAGGCAACCCAACACUCGUUGGUACCACACUGGCUUGCUUUCUAGAUAAUACCGUGCCAGGAUCAGCUGAAGACCGAGGUAUGGCGGCCUGGCAUGUAAGUGAUGAUGAUGAAACUGCUGAGUUGGAUACUGAAAGAUAUAAUGAGGGUUUCGAAGUUUAUGACCCUCUUCUUCCCAAGAGGCUUCUCAGUCUGAAAUUAAUGAAAGUCGUCCCAUUCUUACCAUACAAAAGACUCAGUCCUAAGGUUAAUGAUGUAUAAUUUUUCAUGUCCAGGAUUUGGCAAUUUGCUUUAGUUUCUAAGUGUUUGUGUUGAAAACGCAUAUUUAAUUGAUGAAUAUAUGUGUGUAUGUAAAUGUCGUCAUUAUAAAGUAUAUAAUCAUGCUUCAAUCUAUUAUUAAAUGGUUUGUUACUUUUAUUUGACUGUUUAUGAUUUUGAGAUAGAUUCAAGUUUAUCAAACUGUUUAUAAUGUGAAACCUAAAGUGUCAAUAAGAUAUACUGUUUAUAUGACAAUAGAGAUAAAAAUAAAUAUAUAUGUGUGUAACAACAUUAUUACU